UUUGUGGCUAGAAGGGGCAGUGAUAAUGAACAUAAGCUGUGAUAUUUAUUAAUAUUGGUUUUUAUAAAUCAGUCCUUUUUUUCAUAAUUAGGUGGAGACAGAAAAGAAAGAUGUUCUUGAUUUUGGUGAUUUGACUUACGGAGGCUGGAAAGCACUCCCAUUAAAAUUGGUAAACAAGACACACGCCACUGUGCCAAUCAGACUUACUAUUAAUGCUAAUGCCAUAGCCUGGCACUGCUUCACAUUUUCCAAGGAACCUGCUCCUGCUUCUAUGAAAGCUGCUCCUUAUGCCGAUGUGAUUGCUCAACUGGCAGCUCCUUCUGUGAUCAAUCACAUGAUGCCUGCCAGUUAUGAUGGGCAGGAUCCAGCAUUUCUCAUAAUUUGGGUCCUUUUCCAUAGUCCAAAGAAACGGAUCACUUCUUCAGAGAUUCUAGACUCAGCAGAAGAAUUUUUGGCAAGAGUUGAUAUAGAAGUUGACAGCCCAUACCCUACACCAGUCAUCAAAAGUAUUAGUCUUCAAGCAAGAGCAGGAAUAGCCAGGAUACAUGCUCCGAAAGACUUACAGACUGUGCACUUGUUUGCCAGUAUGACUUCCUCAACAAAGCAGCACUUACCUUUGAAAAAUGCUGGGAACAUUGACGUUUACUUAGAUAUCAAGAUCCCAGAUCAAGAAAAUCACUUUUCAGUGGAUCCAGAGAAUCUAUUCCUUAAACCUGGAGAAGAACAUGAAGUUAUAGUUUCAUUUACUCCAAAGGAUCCCAGAACCUAUGAGGAAAGGAUCUUGAAAAUAUUUGUGCAGCCAUUUGGACCUCAAUAUGAAGUAGUAUUAAAAGGUGAAGUAGUUUCCUCAGGAAAUAAACCUCUUAUCCCUGGAUCUUGCUGCUCAGAUAUUCCAUCAAUUUUGUCCAACAAACAAUUUCUGGCUUGGGGAGGUGUCCCUCUUGGUAGAACACAAAAGCACUAUGGAAAGGUAGGAAGAAAAGAUAAUCAGAGACAUUGCAUUCUGUUCAAGGAGCUUACAGACUAGUUGUUGGUAAAUACUACAUAUGGUAAGUAAAGAGUACAAGGUAUCUCUAAUAGAGUAAAUAUAUUGUGUCAUAGUUUAAUGUGAAUUCUAUCUCUGAUCUUAUUUUUAUAUUUGACUGCCUUAUGGGUAACUGAGUUAAUAAAAUUAACUGGCAUAUAAUACAUAGGAUAGUACUAUUUUUUUCCUUUCAUGAGCUUGGCAGCAUAGCUAAAUUUUUUUACCAACACUUGUAAUCAACAAUCUUGGUAGUUAUUACCCAAAUGGUAACUUUUUCAUAUAUUACACUUUUAUGUUUGUCCUAAAUGUUUUGCCCAUACAUUUCUGUGGUACCUGAGAAGUAUGAAUCUUCCAGCUAAAUCUCUACCACUUGUGUGAAAAAAAUACUUCUUUAAAAUU